AUGCCGGAAUCAAUUCACAGUAUCAAAUUCGACAGCCUUCCGGACAAACACCGAGUAUGGCAUGCCAAACCAGGAUCAAAGGAAGAGGGCCUCGGAAAGCUCGUGCUUCUCACUCCAGAGGUCGUUGCCAAAGCUGCGGCAUCAUGCAUCAGAACCGGCCAACGCGUUUCCCUUAAUUGGGACCUCACGAAACUCGACAUUGCCAACUUCAACCGUGCCCCGACGCAACACCACAUCACAUCUCUCCUUGGAGGCGCCGGCUUUGACGACGUGUACAUUUUCAAUCCACAGCAGUCAUCUCAAUGGGACGGACUCCGUCACUUCUCUGCGCCAUUUCCCACGCCCGAAAACCCUUCCCAAAGGUUAUUUUAUGGCGGAACAACGGCGAUGGAAAUAUCAGACCGGUCUAAUAAUCGGAUCGGUAUUCAACAUUGGGCCAAGGAAGGCAUCUGUGGACGCGGUGUGUUGUUGGAUUAUGUGGCAUAUGCCCAGAGAAACUCCAUCGACUACAGCGCCUUGUCAGAUCAUGCUGUUCCACUCCGCGUCUUGAAACAGAUUGCGCAGGAGCAAGGCGUCCACUUCCAGCGAGGAGACAUACUCUUCAUCCGAAUUGGCUUGACCAAGGAGUGGGACAAUCAGAUGGGCCCUGCUGAUAAACUUGCAUACGCGCAGAGUUCAAAUCCCCAGCACGCCGGCGUCGAGGGAACAGAAGAAAUGCUCAGGUGGAUCUGGGAUGAAGGGUUCGCCGCAGUAGCUGGCGAUGCUGUGUCAUUCGAGGUUUACCCUCCUCAGAAGUCAUACCAGGGAGCUGACGGAAGCGAGGUACAGGGCUUGUUCAUGCACGAGUAUCUUAUUGCUGGGUGGGGUCUUCCAAUCGGCGAGUUGUUUGACCUCGAGGAGUUGAGUCGCAAAUGCCAAGAGUUGGGCAGAUGGGAGUUCUUCGUGUCCAGCUCUCCUCUCAAUAUGCCAGGAGGUGUUAGCAGUCCACCGAACUGUCUGGCAAUCUUCUGA